AUCUUGGGGGAAAACCCAAGUAUUGGCAGCUCUUGUCUGCAGGUUUCAGUUUCUGUUCUGCAGGCACAGCCAGGUUCCAUUCCAGUGUUAAAGCCAAAUUUGUAUUGUGUGGCAUUUGUCGUUAUUGCAAUCCAACAUAUGAUGAUCAUACAA